UCCCCUCCCACUCUCUCUCUCUUCUCCCCCCUUUUAUCUCUCUCUCUGUCUGUCCCCCAUCUACUAUUCUCUUCUUCCGAGGCGGUGCGAGCUGAAGCUAGCCACGAGCUCACACAGGGAGCACACUCCCCCCCACCCAAUUCGGCGCGCCUCCGCUUUCCAGCAAGCCGCGCGCGGCCGGCGGCUCUGAUCGGGCAUUGGAUCCUCCCUCACUCGCCGGCCCUUCCGGCGGCGGCUCCUCGCGGGAAUUUUGCGGAAUUUUUUUCUACCCCUAAAGUCGCGGGAUCGCGCCCAAUCGAAUGGCGCAGAGCAAUUGGGAAGCGGAUAAGAUGCUUGAUGUAUAUAUAUAUGACUACUUGCUCAAGAGGAACCUGCAGACGACGGCCAAGGCCUUCAUGGCGGAGGGGAAGGUCGCUGCUGAUCCAGUUGCAAUUGAUGCUCCUGGAGGAUUUCUCUUUGAGUGGUGGUCUGUCUUUUGGGAUAUAUUUAUUGCAAGGACAAAUGAGAAACAUUCUGAGGUUGCAGCAGCUUACCUUGAGGCACAACAAAUAAAAGCAAGAGAGCACCAGCAGCAGAUGCAGAUGCAACAGUUGCAACUCAUCCAGCAAAGACAUGCUCAAAUGCAGCGAACUAAUUCAGGACACGCUGCACUUAAUGGCCCAAUAAAUGCCCUAAACUCCGAUGGCAUUUUGGGGCCAUCAACAGCUAGUGUUUUGGCUGCCAAGAUGUACGAAGAGCGCUUGAAGCACCCUCAUUCAAUGGAUUCCGAGGGAUCACAACUUAUUGAUGCUAGCAGGAUGGCUCUUCUCAAGUCGGCAGCAACAAACCAUACAGGGCAAUUAGUUCCUGGUACUCCCGGAAAUGUAUCUACUACGCUACAGCAGAUUCAGGCUCGGAAUCAGCAAACCAUUGAUAUUAAAAGUGAAGGUAACAUGGGUGUUGCCCAAAGAUCUAUGCCCAUGGAUCCGUCGUCCUUAUACGGACAGGGAAUAAUUCAGCAAAAACCUGGAUUAGGUGGUCCAGGACUGAGCCAAGGUGUGAGUGGUCUACCCUUGAAGGGCUGGCCAUUAACUGGAAUAGACCAACUGCGACCAAAUUUAGGUGCUCAAAUGCAGAAGCCAUUUCUUACAACACAGUCACAGUUCCAACUUAUGUCACCACAACAGCAGCAGCAACUCUUAGCACAGGCUCAAGUACAAGGGAACCUUAGCAACUCAACUAAUUAUGGGGAUAUGGACCCCCGCAGAUUCACAACACUAACCAGGGGUGGCAUGAAUGGUAAAGAUGGACAAUCUGCUGGGACUGAUGGUUGCAUUAGUUCCCCCAUGCAAUCAAAUUCACCGAAAGUUAGAUCAGACCAAGAAUAUCUUAUGAAGAUGCAGCAAACAUCUUCUCAGCAACCACAGGAACAACUUCAGCAGCAGCAACAGCAGCAGCAGAACCAGCAACAACAGCAGCAGCAAAUGCAACAGAACAAUAGAAAAAGAAAGCAAGCUACAUCUUCAGGAGCGGCAAAUAGUACUGGAACAGGAAAUACAGUAGGGCCUUCAGCCAAUUCUCCACCAUCAACUCCAUCCACACAUACACCUGAAGGAAUUGGAAUGGCUAACAAUAUGCGCCAUGCUCCGAAAAAUUUAUUGAUGUAUGGUGCAGAUGGAACUGGACUUGCAUCCUCUUCAAAUCAAAUGGAUGACCUUGAACAUUUUGGUGACGUUGGCUCGUUGGAUGAUAAUGUUGAAUCUUUCUUAUCCAAUGAUGAUGGAGAUGCAAGGGAUAUUUUUGCUGCACUUAAAAGAAGUCCUACAGAGCCUAAUCCAGCCACUGCAAAAGGUUUUACUUUCAGCGAGGUUAACUGUUGGCGAACAAGCAACAGCAAGGUUGUCUGCUGCCACUUCUCUUCAGAUGGCAAGAUCCUGGCUAGUGCUGGACAUGAAAAGAAGGCUGUACUUUGGAACAUGGACACUUUCCAGACACAGUAUUUACCAGAAGAGCAUGCUCUCAUUAUCACUGAUGUUCGUUUCAGACCUAACUCUACACAGCUUGCAACAUCAUCUUUUGACCGAACUAUCAAACUAUGGAAUGCUGCAGAUCCGUUCUCUCUGCACACAUUUGCUGGGCAUAGUUAUCAGGUCACGUCACUAGAUUUUCAUCCAAAGAAGACAGACCUUUUGUGCUCUUGUGAUGGCAAUGGUGAAAUCCGAUACUGGAACGUGACUCAGCUUACCUGUAUGAAUGCCAUAAAGGGCGGUACUGCUCAAGUUCGUUUCCAGCCUAACACCGGACAAUUUCUUGCAGCUGCUACUGAAAAUGUGGUUUCCAUAUUUGAUGUUGAAACACAUACCAAAAAAUACACCCUGCAGGGCCAUAACACAGAUGUGCAGUCAGUGUGCUGGGACAACACUGGGAGUUACCUGGCUUCUGUCAGUCAGGAUCUUGUUAAGGUUUGGUCAAUAUCAUCAGGAGAUUGCAUCCACGAGGUCAGCUCAAAUGGAAACAAGUUCCAUUCUUGUGUCUUCCACCCAAGUUACACCAAUCUCUUGGUGAUCGGAGGCUAUCAGUCUUUGGAGCUAUGGAACAUGGUAAAGAACCAAAGCAUGACAGUACAGGCUCAUGAAGGUCUGAUUGCGGCGUUGGCACAAUCACCAGUAACUGGGAUGGUGGCUUCUGCGAGCCACGACAAUUCUGUCAAGUUGUGGAAGUAACAAUAAUAAGUAAUCCGACUAGAUAGUUUAUUUUCUUUUUAUCCAGAUAAUUGACAUUUGUUCAGUCGAGGCAUAGAAUGGGCUUGAGCUCGGCCAUGUUAUGGAUUGUGCGGUACUGAAAAGCAAAUAAUGAAGAGUUAGCUGGUUGCCUGUUGCGAUUAAGCUGUUCAGGGCGGAUUGCAGUGAGUUUGUGGAAGGAGUUGUAUUUAUCCUGAUAGGUUUGUGUAGCCCAAAAUGAACAAAUAGAAACAGGCCUAAAGUUGGGUCCCGCUGUUCCAUUUAUUUAUGCUAUCUGAUGUAAAAUGUAACUUUCUGUGCUUGACUAGAAGUCACUGCAAUUAGCCGCUGACGGUUGGGGAA